UAGUCAUUUUCCAGUGAAAGUUUUCCAUUGUUCGUGACCGUUCAGCCCUUGCGCGUGAUUAUUCAUUUUGAUAUCCUUCUGCCAGACAAUUAUGAAUAGAUCAUUAGUUCUGAUAUGAUUCAUUUGCGCUUUCUAUCGUCUACCUUGACUCAAAGGAACCUAGAAUGCCAACAGGGUACACAGUACAAACAAAUUGAAACUCACUUAUCAUGUGCUAAAAGUGUUCCAAUACCUCAUCCUUUCCCACAGUGCCCAUCAUUUGUUUCGAUGAUUUAUUAAACCAAUUGAAGGCUCAACGCUAACGCAACACUUCUCACCCGGGGUCGCGUGGCGGCCAUCAAAUCGUCACAGCACAAAUGUCGUGACUGUCCUUGGGGCGCCGGUAGUGUCCACCGGUCUCUUGGGGUGCACGGACCUGACCUUUCCUCGGAACGAGGGGUUUUGUGUACUCAGCGCCACACUGAGCAAACCAAUCGAUAAUAUCUACAAACGCGAGUCAAGUCCAUUUAGGCGCGAAGUGGUGGUCCUUCUGGUCCGGAACAUGUCCCCGUGGCCAACGACGAUGGGUUGUUCGUCAUCAUCGUCGGUGGCCGCCAGCGAGGUGGAAACUUCCCAUCCAAACACGCCCGUCCUGAAGCAGGUCAACGGUGGUCGUGGUGGCGUUGUCGGUGGACUUCCGGUGGACGUCGAAGUGAUCCAGUCAAAGUCGUCGGAAACGAUCUCGCAGGCGUAUCAACGAGUGGACGAGGAGAUUUGCGCCUUGGAGAGCACCUGCCCGGGGCCACGGCUGCUGACGGCUGAGGCUUGGGUCGAGCACUUGCGGAACGUUUUCGAGCGGGAAAGUGCUGCGAUCGUUGUGGACGGUGGGGAGUUGGCAUUGAACGUUAAACUUGGUGAAAUUCCGAACGGGAUUCCGGAAGGGGAGGCAAUGGCGGCGGUUAGGAACCAGGGACCGGAAGAGGGAAUGCUGCAGCAUGCCCGAAACGAUACGGCCAAGGUUCGUCGUUUGGCCCUGAAACUGGACGUGGCCUUCGAUUCGGUGAAAGCCGCCCGCCAGGAGGAAUUCCUGGGCCGCGUGUCCCGUUCGGCCAUGCAACUUGAGGCGGUCGCCUUCCGAUCGGACAUGGUGGACCACGCCGGAGCGAGGGCGACCAAUCUUCGUCAGAGUUUCAGCCAGCUAAAGACGCUGUAUUUGGAGUUGGAUCAUCUGCUGAUAUCGGCAAAAAAUGGAAAUUAUACGACCCUGCAGGAGCAACGUCUCGACGGGGAGCUGGAAUCGGCUAGGGAAGUCCGGGAUCGACUUGGGGGCGUUUCGGAACAGUGGCGGUUGGCCGGGUCGUUGAUUCGGGUUUCGGCGAAAGGCUUACAACGGGCGGUUGAGUACUGGAAUUUGGUUGGACUGUCGCAAAAGGCUGAGGAGAAAAUUGGUUUGGCGUUGGAUUGUCGAACGGCUUGCCAUGGAGCUUUGAUUACGCUGGAGGCAGCUCAAGCGGCUUUGCCGCAGGUUGACAUUCCGCACGUGACAAUGCGUCAGCAAACGGCGGUGAAGCACGGGCUGGUUUACAUGCUGACAGAUAUGGCCAACCCGGCGCGGUUUCAGCACACCAAACACGUGCUCGAGGGAUUUCUCACGAAUGUGUACCAAUCCGUCACGUGGAUUCACGACACCUUCAAGGAAACGCUCCAGAAAGAUCUCAACGAGGCGGACCAAACGGUGAUGCUGGUGGCCAAACAACUUCGCGAAAUCCGCAAACAUUACCUGUCGCAGCGGUUCGGGGGCAAAAUCUACGUCAAGCCAACAAUGGGAAAGCUUCAACAGCGAUAACACUGUUUGAGUAGACUUAAGUUAUUUUUGUAUUAUAGAUAUCUACAUUUACUUUACAUUACAAAUACAAAACGAAAAAAAAUUCCA